AAAACAAAUUAUUGGCUCUUCUGCUCUCCAUACACCAUAUUUGUACCUUAUCCAUCACUUUAUUCCCCCACUCUCCACUUUUUGAAAAUCAAAACUAAGUGGCAGUUUCCAGUCUCCAUCUUGCUUACAUCUUUCAGGUACCUCUUUCCCUUUCUUCCAAGUGUUGUUCCUCUUUUCCCUUCCCAAGUGCUUCCUCUCACAUCUACCAGCUUUCUAUCUCUUCCUCCUUUGUCUCAGGGAGGGACUUAUGAGAACCUGUUAAGCCAGCCUUGGCAGGUGUCUUCUCUCUCUCUGUCCAUCCCCACCCCAUUGGAUUUUGGAGACAGUAUGAGCUCUCCUGCCACCCUAAAUUUGGGGUUCUGCAUUGGCUGUCUGGAGGAAUGACAGGGGGGAAGGAUUUGCCAGCGUACGGGAGUUACUCAUCCACUCAUUAUGCUGAGCAAGUGCUGCAACGUGAUACUAUUAAAGAAAAAAUGCAAAAUAGCUCAGUGAGAACACUGGGAACCUGCAAGGUCGGAAGGGAACGGUGAAGAGAAGCAACACGUAUUGGCAGCGACCUACAAAGGCUUUCGAACCAGUCUGACCGCAGGAUUAGGUAAAACACCCGAGGAGCCUCCUUUGGCCAGCCCAGCUAUUCACUUCCAGUUCGUGCAAUGCGAUAGAGCGAUAUACCUGUGGACUAGAGAGCUACAGCGCGGAAAUCAAGAGGCAAGCACCUUCUCUACGGCUUUCUAAGCACCUGGAAGGAGGAGAAGAGGCGCAGAGUAAAAGGGGUGGGUAAAGGCUCUUGCUAUCCAUUGUACUGCUAAAGCACGCCGCUAACCACAGGAGCCAGAAACAGCUUCGGCGCCCCGAGACCUGGCUGCGGUGCGAGAGCACGUCGGAGAAAGAGGUGGAGAGAGAAACGGCGGUGUCUUGCUGACAGUCCCGCCUGUCCGGAUACCCCAGUCCCAGCAUGCAACGCGCCGCAGUUUGAAUGGCGCUGCUGUCUACGGCGAGUGGGCCGCGGUGUUAGGACACUGCCGACGCCGCUGCUGCCAAUUCCAGGGCUGGCAUCGGAGUCCCGAGCAGCGGCGGAACCCCUGGUGCGCUGGACCAUGAGCGGCAGCAGGAAUUGUGGAGAUUAUGGCAUCUGAAGCUCAAAAUGUUAGAAAACGGAACCUGUUAUGUAUUGAGGGUCGUCCUAUUGAUCUCCCUAAGAAAAGGAGCUCUCAUUCCCUUAAUGAGAAUAUGAAGGAGGAUAAGCAAUCUGCAAAACAUUUGGCUUCUUGCACAAGCAGAACAACAGUUGGACAAACUCUAACCAGCCCUCGUUCUCUGUUCAAAGUAGUAUAUUGUAGAAAAAAGGCUCACUAUUAUUCUCCAAAGCCUUGUUUCAGAAAGAAACAGCUCCCUAAAGCUAGAGGCCGUGACAUGGCAAAUAAGGAAAAUGAACUAGCCUGUGCAGGUAACCUGCCAGCCAAAUUGCCUCCUAAUGGUCGUACUUUGUUACUGAACUCCAGUGAUGCUGGCCGAUCUCAAACAGAGAGUCCUUCAUCAAAAUACAGUGGGUUUUUUUCAGAGGUUUCUGAAGAUCAUGAUACAAUGGCCCAAGUUCUCUUCAGUAGAAAUCUCCGGCUGAAUGCAGCUUUAACUUUUUGGAAGAGGAGAAGUAUAAGUGAACUUGUAGCCUAUUUAUUGAGGAUAGAAGAUCUGGGAGUAGUUGUAGAUUGUCUCCCUGUCCUUACCAGCAGUUUACAGGAAGAAAAACCUUAUAUUUCUGUUGGUUGCUGUGUAGACCUUCUACCAUUAGUAAAAUUAAUGCUUAAAAGCAAAUUUGAAGAAUAUGUAAUUGUUGGUUUAAAUUGGCUUCAGGCUGUGAUUAAGAGAUGGUGGUCAGAACUUUCUGUCCAUACAGAUAAAAUAGAAGAUGAAAAUAUUCAAAUUUUAAAAGAACAAUUAAGUAUAUUGUGGAAACAAGAAAACCAUCUUACUUUGGUUCCAGGGUAUACGGGUAAUAUAGCAAAGGAAGUGGAAUCUUAUUUGUUACAGUUGCACUGAUAUACCUGGAGGACAAAGCUGUGUGUGCGCUAAUGUGCUUAAACAGAAACUGUCAACAGUCAACAGUAACACUAAGCAAAAUACUCUUUCCAAAUAAUUCCUCAUCUGAGGACUGUCUUUGACAGAAGAAGGCUAGACCAUUGGAUUAUUUAAUGCGAACACUAAAUAUCCAUCUGCUUCACAUUGAAGUGGAAAAAAAAAAUCUCAGGAGCAACUUUUACUUCAGUGAGGUGAAAGUGCACUAUGAAAACUGUAUGCAUGCCUUUGCCGCAUAUGAGGGAUAUUUUCAGUUACUUGGUGAAAUCAUGAAAGUGUUUCUUCUACAUAACUAUAUACUACUACAAAACCGAAUUGUGAAGACAGAAGUGAAAACCAUUACUAGGAACCACAAAAGACCAUUCGCCAUAAAGAUUUUUUAAAAUCAUGUUUUUCUUAUGAACUGUAAAAAUGUAUUUUCGAAUAUGUUACAACUUUUGACAGUUUCGAUGUACUGAAUUUCUGAAAUGUGUCUGCUAUAUUAAUCAAAAUAUUAAAGACUAUUUUUGUUGCACUACUGAAAAACUGCAUCUAGCAAAGAGGCCUUAACAACUAGAAUUGCAAAUAGCCAAUAUAUUAGGAUAUCAUAUAGCCAAUAUAUUAAAUAACUGUAUAGAGGGAUGGAAAUUCCUUUGAAAAAAAUCAAAGUGUUUACACAAAUUGUACAAAUAAUUUUGAAAUGUUUUGCACACUGAAAUAUAUUGAAGUGGGGUUUUCCACUAAAUUGACUACUUAAAUACCUGUAUGACUUAACUAUAAGAGUAUUAAAAUGUAGAACAUGGAGAAAGUUAACUGUAGAUGUCAACAGAAUAGUGGUUCUGUAUAUCUUGCAGAAUUUUAAUAUUUUUUCUAAUAUAUUCUCCUCUUUAUAGUUUGAAUUACAUGCAGCUUAGAAAUGUACUAAUGUUACUGUUUUAAGUUCAGAUUUUCCCACUUCAAAACCUUUUCUGCUGUUCUUUAGAUAUUUAAAACUCCUAGAAAUGUUUACAGCCUGUCUAGACUUUUUCGUUUCAGUUUAACAGCGCAGCUGCUACCUCUUCUAACAAAUGUUGCUGCAGUUUAAUAACAAAGUUUCAAAGUUUAAUAACACUUGUAUGCUGCCCAAUCCCGUAGGACUCCGGGCGGAGUCCUGCAGAGCUUUCAGACGUAGAUGCCACAUGGUCAAAUUCCUAACACUGAUUUUUUUUUUUAAAAAAAAACGAACAAUAAAUAAACAAUAAACGAACAGUACAUCCCAUGUACAAGUUUUACAGCUGUACUUUGUUUGGGUUAUUUGUGACAUUUUAGGACAAUCUGCUAUGGAUUACUUACUCAUUUGAACUGAAAAACAAUGUGUUUCUAAGAUGGCAGCUGUAUUUUAUAUAAGUAGAAAACAGAUAUUUCCAAAUAAAAGUUUAGGAAGUGCCAACAGUGCACCAAAAUAUAAGCUGAAAUAUUUGUAGCAUGUUAGCAAAGUUGCUCAUUAUAUUUAAUGUAAUCCUAAAUUAAAUUUAAAUAUUAGUUUUAUGCAUAUAAACAACUGCAGGCUAUAAGAGGACUUAUGUACAUUUCCUUAUAAAAACAAAUCUGAAUUGUUAAAAUAAAAAUUAUAAAUCUAGUUCUAUUGACUUACAGACUUCCAGCUGUGCAGGGUUAUGCAAAUUUUUCCUGGGUCUUUUGUCUUCAUAUAAGAGAAAAGCUGUCCAGCUCUUGGGCCAACAGAGCUAUAAACAAUUUAAAGAUUAAAUAUGUAAAAUCAAUCAUUAUUACCAUAAUGUUUUUAAGGGCUUACCAUAUGAAAUCAGUAGCAUCAAUAACAGACUGUAUAAUUGUAUAACAUUCCUGUACUCAUCUGAUCAGCUAACUUAAGACAAGUAGCAAUUUUAUGCUGUUUCAUAUUGACCUCCUAUUUUCAUAGGCCAUUUUGCCUUGAUAAUUGCUUUUUUAUUUUAUUUCAUUCUACAGAAGGAUCGGUAAUAUAAAGUGGCAUUGCAAAAAAUAAAGACUUAACAUAGUUAUGAAUGAA